AUGGCAUCGGUGGCAGCAUGGUUGCCGUUUGCGAGAGCGGCCGCCAUAGGAUGGGUCCCUAUCUCGCGACAACCGAUGCCCCGUGCACCCAUCGCCAUUCAGGCAAAGGAUCUAGCGGUGGAUCAUGUCUCCGAUGAGAAGCUUUCGAUAAAUAUAUCCGGACGAAAAUUUGAGACAUGGAAAAACACGUUAGAGAAAUUUCCCGAAACAUUGCUUGGAUCAAAUGAAAAGGAGUUUUUCUAUGAUGAGGAGACGGGCGAGUAUUUCUUUGAUCGAGAUCCUGACAUUUUCCGGCAUAUUCUCACAUUUUAUCGAACGGGGAAAUUACAUUAUCCCCGACAUGAAUGUUUGGUGGCCUAUGAUGAAGAGCUCUCUUUUUUUGGAAUCAUGCCCGAUUUGAUCUCUGAUUGUUGCUAUGAGGAUUAUAAAGAUAAGAAAAGGGAAAAUCAAGAAAGAUUAUUAGAGGAACGAUUAGAGAAUACAGAUGCGACAAAAUUAAAACAAACAACACAGCAAAAAAUGUGGGCAGCUUUUGAGAACCCUCAUACAUCAUCGGUGGCUCUUGUUUUCUAUUAUGUGACCGGUUUCUUCAUUGCUGUCUCCGUUCUCUGUAAUAUUAUCGAGACAAUACCUUGCAGAUACGCAAGUGAGGAGACAUUGGCCUCGAUUUCUUGCGGGGAUCUUUAUGAAAAACAGUUUUUUGUUUUGGAUACGGCGUGUGUGAUCAUCUUUACAAUAGAGUAUUGUUUACGGUUAUACGCAGCACCCGAUCGGUGUCGUUUUGUGCGAUCGAUCAUGAGUGUCAUUGAUGUUGUUGCAAUAUUGCCCUAUUAUGUUGGAUUGGCCUUUCAAAAUAACAAGGAUUUCUCAGGCGCCUUCGUUACUUUACGAGUUUUUAGAGUUUUUCGUAUCUUCAAAUUCUCUCGUCAUUCACAGGGACUUCGGAUACUUGGAUAUACGUUAAAAUCUUGUGCAUCUGAAUUGGGUUUCCUCGUAUUCUCCUUGGCGAUGGCAAUCAUAAUUUUCGCUACCAUAAUGUACUACGCUGAGAAGAAAGUUCCCCAAACAAGAUUUACUUCAAUACCUGAUGCUUUUUGGUACACUAUUGUAACGUUAACCACACUCGGUUACGGAGAUAUGGUUCCAUCGACUGUCAUGGGAAAAAUUGUUGGAGGGAUUUGUUCACUUUCCGGAGUGUUGGUCAUCGCCUUACCCGUUCCUGUGAUCGUGAGCAAUUUCUCGCGGAUAUACCAUCAAAAUCAACGAGCCGAUAAGAGAAGAGCGCAAAAGAAAGCCCGUUUGGCUCGAAUACGAAUUGUGAAGAAUGCAUCCGGACAAGCACUUUUCAAUAAAAAGAAAGCACACGAAGCACGAAUGAGAGCUUUUGAACAAGGUCUCCUAUCAUUUGACGCUCUUCGAGAUGAGGAUAUUUUUGAAAUUCAACAUCACCAUCUCUUGCAAUGUCUUGAGAAAGCAACGGAACGAGAAUUCGUCGAGGCCGAUGUAGCAUUUGAGGGAGCUGUGAGAGCCACUCCACCACUCACUCCCUCAUCAUCAUCUUCACAAUUGAGGAGACGGCAAAGUACAUCAGGUUGGUGUUGUGUGAAGCGACAGAAGAGUGAUCAUGAUAAUGAUAUGGAGGCACAAAAAGUCACCUUUGCUGAUCACAAUCAGGUUCAUGAGGACUCAGCCGGACUCGACAAUUCCGAAGAGAAAAUUUGUGUAUCUCAAUUG